UUUUGAUAAUUGAUAUUGUUUGAUCUUUUUCCUCUGAGACUUGCUUUUCAUUGCCUUGAGAUCGUUCAAGUGUGGGAAAGGGAGAGAUUUUCUUAACCUCUUAUCUUUUUUCAUCCAUCUAAGUAGCAUUUCAAAAAGAACUCGGCUUUUACUCCUUGUCUGCCAUUAAAAAGCCAUAAAUAUUACUCUUCAUCUCUCACUGGUCCUAGAACUCUACUACUCUCUUUUCCUGGUUGUUAGCACUUUGAUCCUUUCUGUACAUCUCCCUCUGAAAGUAGCCGGGAAAUCAGUUCACUAGUGGUUUUCCCGGCCGUUUGUUGGUGACCGCCUUUAUUAUUACUUUCUUUCUUUGAGCUUAUAAAUUAUUCAUUUCCCAGUUUUUCAUCUCCAUAUCUCUCUGUCUCUCUCUCUGGCAUUUCAUGUCUUGUUCCUGCUUGGGUUCUCUCCGGAAACCCUGUUCUUCACGGCAUUACCUGAGUGACCUCGUUUGUACGGGCAUUGCUGGUUCUGUUCUGCUGCUCUAGCUAACCUCGGUCCAAGAGACCUAGACUAGAGCAAAUAAAUUCUGGGUUCUGCAUUUUAGUGCUUUUCUUCACUUGGGUAUUCGUUUGUUUGCAUUAAAAAAUGAUAAUUGGAACCUAACUGUGAUUUACCUGAGUGAUAUGAUCUUGCUUGUACGAACUGAGCCUGUUGAACCUGUGAUUUUGUACUAUUCCAGCUAAGGUCGGUCUCGGUCAGAACUCAGAAGCUAGACCAGAUAAAAUCUGGGUUCUUGUGGGUUCUGUGUUCAACUUCAUUUCCUCACUUGGGUCUUCUUUUGUUUUCUUGAACAAUGAUCUCCGGAACCGACCUCUAUCAUGUCCUCACUGCGGUUGUACCGCUCUAUGUAGCCAUGAUUCUUGCUUAUGGUUCAGUGAAAUGGUGGAAGAUCUUUAGCCCUGAUCAGUGUUCUGGUAUCAAUCGCUUUGUAGCUCUUUUUGCCGUUCCUUUGCUCUCCUUUCACUUCAUUUCCACUAACAAUCCUUACACCAUGAACAUACGCCUCAUAGCUGCUGAUACGCUUCAGAAGAUCAUAGUUUUAGUGGUUCUCGCCAUAUGGUCUAGAACCAGCUCCAGAGGUUCUUUAGAAUGGUCCAUAACGCUCUUCUCACUCUCCACACUUCCUAACACUCUCGUCAUGGGAAUCCCUCUCUUGAAGGGAAUGUAUGGAGACUACUCAGGGAGUUUGAUGGUUCAAAUCGUCGUUCUCCAAUGUAUAAUUUGGUAUACUUUGAUGCUUUUCUUGUUUGAAUACAGAGGAGCUAGGCUUCUCAUUGUUGAACAGUUCCCUGAUACGGCUGGUUCCAUCAUUUCCUUCCGAGUUGACUCGGAUAUCAUCUCCUUAGAUGGGAAAGAGCCUCUGCAAACCGAAGCAGAGGUUGGUGAGGAUGGAAAGCUCCAUGUCACUGUAAGGAAAUCCACUAGUUCUCGAUCAGAGAUCUUUUCCCGGCGGUCUUAUGGGCCAAACUCUGGUGUUUCUUUGACUCCUCGGCCGUCGAAUUUGACGAAUGCAGAGAUUUAUUCUCUGCAAUCUUCGAGAAAUCCGACGCCGAGGGGAUCCAGCUUCAACCAUACUGAUUUCUAUUCAAUGGUUAAUGGGAGGAAUACUAGCAAUGUCAGCCCAAGGCAAUCCAAUUUUGGUAAUCUGGGUUUUGAUGAGGAGAGUGGAAUGAAUGGAUUCACCAAUCCAAACAGAGCAAAUGGGAUUUUUUCGCAGGGGAAUUCUGUUGCCGGAGGUGGGUAUCCGGCGCCGACGAAUGCCGGAAUAUUCUCUCCGGUUGCAGGGCCUGGAGCUAAGAAGAAGCCCAAUGGGACUGAUGGAGGCAAGGAUCUUCACAUGUUUGUCUGGAGCUCUAGUGCUUCUCCUGUCUCUGAAGGUGGCAUUCAUGUGUUUAGAGGAGGGGAGUUUGGGAAUGAACAUAGUGGGAUACCUCAUCCUGUUGACCCUCACCCAAAAGAAUAUGAACAGUUUGGAAGAGAUGAGUUCAGCUUUGGGAACAGGCAGCCUAAUGGGGGUGAACCAGAUGGGCCUAGCUUGUCCAAGCUGGGGUCAAGCUCUACAACUGAGCUCCACCCCAAGGCUGGAGGAGCUAAUGGUGGCUCAAAGGUGAUGCCGCCUGCAAGUGUCAUGACCAGACUCAUUCUGAUCAUGGUUUGGAGGAAACUCAUCAGGAAUCCAAACACAUACUCCAGCCUCAUAGGUCUUACUUGGUCUCUUGUCUGCUUCAGGUGGAACAUUGAGAUGCCUGCCAUUAUAGAUGGUUCCAUUAAGAUCCUCUCAAAUGCUGGGCUUGGAAUGGCCAUGUUCAGUCUUGGUUUGUUCAUGGCUCUACAGCCAAAGAUUAUUGCCUGUGGGAAUUCUGUUGCCUCCUUUGCCAUGGCUGUUCGAUUCCUAACUGGUCCAGCAGUCAUGGCUGCUGCUUCGAUCGCCAUAGGAAUACGUGGUACACUCUUGCACAUUGCUAUUGUUCAGGCAGCACUUCCACAAGGAAUUGUCCCCUUUGUCUUUGCUAAGGAAUACAAUGUGCAUCCAGACAUUUUGAGCACUGGGGUUAUAUUUGGGAUGUUAAUAGCUCUUCCUAUCACACUAGUUUAUUACAUCUUACUGGGUCUUUGAAGCUGAGAGGAGAGGAAGAGAGCUAGCCACCCAAAAAAGAUUAUACUGUGAAGUUUCACCCUUUUUUUAAGGGGUUUUUGCUUCUCUAACAGAACAAGCUGAGAUGAGAUCUUCAAAAGUAGAUAGGGGUAGAAUUUGAGGGGCCCCUGGGGUUUCUUCUUCCAAAGUGCAAAGACUGAAGGGGUGAAGAGGAGAGGGACAUGACCGUUUGAGUAGAAUUUUUGAAUCUGUCCCCUUUUUUUUUUGGUUGGUUUUAACAUUUUUAAUGUUUGUUCACCUGUUCCUUCUUGAAAAGUGAAGCUUGUUGGUAGGUAUUUAUGUUUAA